CGGCUGGAGACCCUAGCCUCCAGCUCCACUACCACCUCCACCCCUGGCCGCCGGUCCUACUUUGGCUUUGAUGGUGCUCGGGGAAGAAGAGUUGACUGGAGUUUCACCUGUGGUGUGUUCAAAGUUAACCGAGGCCCCAGGGUCCCUGAGAAGCCCUGGGUCCCAGACACAAAUCUUCCUGGAAUCUCCCCCCCAGUUGUGAAGGAGAAACGGAAGAAGAAGAAGGUGCCGGAGAUCCUGGGCCCCAGGGGCAAACAAAAAUCCUCCAAGCCCGUCAAGGAGCCAGGAGUGCAGUCUGCUCAGGAGCAGAAGCCAGAAAUUUCUCAGGACUCCAAGGAGCAGGUCACAAAGACACCAUCUCUGCCUCAGCAGCCAUCCCCAGAGCAAAAGCUGGACCUGCAGCCAGAACCCACGGUCAACUUCCUGUUUACACUCCUGAACACGGAGGAGCCCCCGGAGCCCAAAGACUCUGAAAGGUACUGGGAGAUUCAGGAGCACCAGCUCCUGGGGAAGGACGACUGGGGCCCCCAGCGCACCGUGAAGGAGUUCAGAGACCUGCGGGAUGACUGCGUGAGGCUUCAGAAGUUGCUAAGCAUUAACCUAGCAGACAACCUGGCUCUGGGGCUGAAGCUACAAGACCUGUCCAGCUCAUUCUAUAAGUGUCUGAAGGACAAAGUGAAGGCUGUCCAGGAACAAGUGAAGGUUGUCCAGGAGGAAGUGAGGACAGUCCAGGAGGAAGUGAAGGUCAUCCAGGAGGAAGUGAAGCUCUUCCAGGAGGAAAUGAGUGCUGUUGGGGAGGAAGUGGAGGUCGACCAGGAGGACUCAAAGGCCUUCGAGGAGGAAAAGAAGGUCAUCCAGGAGGAAGUGAGGGGUGUCCAGGAGGAAGUGAGGGGUGUCCAGGAGGAAGUGAGGGGUGUCCAGGAGGAAGUGAGGGGUGUCCAGGAGGAAGUGAGGGAUGUCCAGGAGGAAGUGAGGGGUGCCCAGGAGGAAGUGAGGGGUGUCCAGGAGGAAGUGAGGGGUGUCCAGGAAGAAGUGAGGGAUGUCCAGGAGGAAGUGAGGGGUGCCCAGGAGGAAGUGAGGGAUGUCCAAGAGAAAGUGAGGGGUGCCCAGAAGGAAGUGAGAGGUGUCCAGAAGGAAGUGAGGGGUGUCCAGGAGGAAGUGAGGGGUGUCCAGGAAGAAGUGAGGGAUGUCCAGGAGGAAGUGAGGGGUGUCAAGGAAGAAGUGAGGGAUGUCCAAGAAAAAGUGAGGGGUGCCCAGAAGGAAGUGAGAGGUGUCCAGAAGGAAGUGAGGGGUGUCCAGGAGGAAGUGAGGG